CUCAAAUGCUUUCUGAUUGGCUUAGCCGCUGACGUGCGAACAUGGCGACGCCGUCAACGAUGGUCCUGCUACUGAUACUCGGACUCGGUAGCCAACGUUUCUUCGCUUCUGUAACCGGCUACGGAUCUCGUUCUGGCCUGGACUCGGAGCGUGGUAGGCUGCAGCUCAUGCGCGUGCACAGCUUGGCUACCCACAGCGGGUAUGGAGAGUGCUGGGCAAGCGCUCUAAAACACCUGGAUACGGGAUGCCAGGAGAUGACGUCAGAAAAUCAGGCUCGGAUCGCUUUGAGGUUCACGUACUGUCACCUGAGAAGCUCCGGCAGGGAAUUCUCACUGUGCCCAGACAGUUCUGAGAUCAGCAGGUGUACAGCGGCAAUGGAUGCUGUUGCUUUCAACACCUAUACUGAGUUUUUCACACACACGCACUCCAUUUGUCACUUUCUGCAGUCCGAGGCUUGGCAAAACAAUGCCGAGGAUACCAUUUACAGGUUAACGGAAACUUCUGCCGGCGUGGCCGAGCAACUUCAGUCCACCAGACAGAUGGCCGAGGAUCUGAUUGAUGCCCAGAGUGUCGCCUUGCAAGCACAACAGGAAAUCCUUAGCAAUGGAGAGGAGCUGAAAGUCACCCUUAAAGACUCGACACAGGGCCUGCGUAGUGUCUUCUCGGAGCUCAGUGCUGCCUCCAAAGAGCAGCAGGUGGCGCUCUCCGAGCUCUUUAACAGAGUGUCCUUUUUGCACAGUUUUCUGUUGACCGAAUCCCACAGCAUCACGUCCUGUUGCUACAACGCUGCUGCUCUCUUUAUCUCUUACCUGCUUACUGCCACUCAACGCUCCUCCAGAGCCAGGCUGUUCCUCUUGUCUCUUGUCUGUUUUAAUUUUUACUUAGAAAUAAAAAUUUACCAGUUUGUGACAAACUCCGACCAUCCCGAGCAUCAGAACAUGGAACGUCUCAGUGAGUACAUAGGCAUUUUACGCCGCUUCAUGGGAUUCCUAGCCAUCUGUGUUCUAGUCUUGGUGAGCAUCCGUUACACUGACCCAGUUCAGCAGAGUCUGGAGCUGCUGCAGCAGCUCAAAGAGACACAGUGCAGCCUUCAGGAGGCACUACAGCGAGCAGAGCAGCUCGGAGACACUCCGAAAACACUGCAGGCCACCGAGGACACCAUGGGGACUCCUGAUGUCCAACAGAGAUCGGUGAAAAGAAGUGACAGAAAGGAAGUAUUCAAGAACAGGAGAAGGAAGUACAAAGAAGAGCAGGAAACACUGAUGUCUUUGACCACGGACACCACAGACAUGUCUGUCCUCUUACAGUCCACUUUUCAGAGUCCUGACUCCACCCUGCUAUCCUCCACUACCCUUGAUGCUUCAGUGAGUCCAGAACGACGUUCACGCAGGUCUUGCCCUCCGCCCCUGGUCUACAGCGUUUUGGUGGAUGACAAAGAGCCUCGUUAUAGUCUAAGAAGUCGACGAUCGGAGAAACACUAACCCCCAAAACCCUGCAGAGGCAGAUGUUCUGAGCUUCAUGUUUUUACUCUUUCAAAAAGUAAAUAAAGUUUGAAUUUAAAUAAUAA